AGUCACUCCCCUUCUUGUACACUUCCAUGCACACAGCACUGCCUUUCUGUGUGUCCAUAUAGUCUCAGCUUCACUUGCUCUCUCUUGAAACUCACAGAUUUCUCCAGUAGCAAGAGCAGUGGUGCUGAUCUACAAAAAGCCUCAACAAAAUAGUUUCACUUUGCCAAAACACCCAAAGUAAUAAUGAGUGAGAAAGAGGGCAAUGCAGACAGUCUCUUUCUGAAAGAGGACUCAGCCAAGGACUCAAGCCAAGACGGACGUGUUAACAAUUGGCAACAUGCAAUGAGAAAAAGAGUAUCGCGUACAGGCAAGCACAUUCGGGAAAUGACCUGGAAAAAACUCUGGGGAUUCCUCAGACGGAAUGCCUUUGUGAUACUCACCAUUGCAGCGGUGAUUCUUGGUAUUGUAUUGGCCUUUGCAUUGCGACCUUACAAAAUGACCUAUCGUGAGAUAAAAUACUUUUCCUUCCCUGGUGAGCUGCUGAUGCGGAUGCUGCAGAUGCUGGUCCUGCCCCUGAUUGUGUCCAGCUUGGUGACAGGAAUGGCAUCUCUGGACAGCAAGGCAUCAGGCAAGAUGGGCCUGCGAGCUGUAGUAUAUUAUACUGUAACUACAUUCAUCGCUGUCUUUAUUGGCAUUGUCAUGGUGAUCAUUAUCCACCCAGGCAAAGGCACCAAAGAGAACCUAAAAUCCCAGGGAAAAAUUGAGAGAAUUCAGGCAACAGAUGCUAUUCUGGAUCUAAUCAGGAAUAUGUUCCCUCCCAAUUUAGUGGAAGCUUGUUUCAAACAGUACAAAACCCAGUACAGUACAAGAGUGUACACGGUACCAGUGUCCACAGAUCAGAAUUACACCGUGGCUACAGAACAGCUGAAUAUCAGCAGUAUUUUGGAAAAUGUGACUCGGGCAAUGGGAACACUACAAAAGAUGGUGGAAUUGGAGGAAGUGGUGCCAGUCGCUGGAUCAGCAAGAGGUGUGAAUGCACUGGGUCUUGUGGUCUUCUCCAUGUGCUUUGGGCUGGUGAUUGGAAACAUGAAGGAGCAAGGAAGAGCUCUUAAAGAAUUUUUUGACUGUCUCAAUGAGGCCAUAAUGAGGCUUGUUUCAAUCAUAAUAUGGUAUGCACCAAUUGGUAUUAUGUUCCUGAUUUCUGGGAAGAUUUUGGAGAUGGAUGAUCUUUUGGUAAUGGGAGGUCAGCUUGGCAUGUAUACAAUUACUGUCAUUAUAGGACUUCUUAUACAUGCAUUGGUGGUGCUCCCUCUGCUGUUUUUCAUUGUCACACGAAGAAACCCAUGGCCAUUUAUUGGUGGAUUACUCCAGGCUCUUAUAACUGCACUGGGGACAUCAUCAAGCUCUGCAACACUCCCCAUCACAUUUAAAUGUUUGGAGGAGAACAAUGGCGUGGACAAGCGAGUUACCAGGUUUGUGCUGCCGGUGGGUGCCACAAUUAACAUGGACGGAACGGCACUAUACGAGGCAUUGGCUGCUAUUUUCAUUGCACAAGUCAACAACUAUGAGCUAAACUUUGGACAGAUCAUCACUAUCAGUAUCACAGCUACUGCAGCCAGUAUUGGAGCCGCCGGCAUCCCUCAGGCUGGACUGGUAACCAUGGUGAUUGUUCUGACAUCAGUGGGGCUCCCCACAGAGGAUAUCACUCUUAUUAUUGCUGUGGAUUGGUUUCUAGACCGCCUGCGGACAACAACCAAUGUGCUUGGAGACUCUCUAGGGGCAGGUAUUGUUGAGCAUCUCUCCAGACAUGAACUGAAGAGGCAAGAUGUUGAGAUUGGCAACUCUGUUCUAGAGGAGUGUGAGAAACCUUACCAGCUCAUCUGUGCUGAAAAUGACAUCCAGAAGCACCCUAACUGUGAGACAUCCAUGUGAAGACAAAUGCUGUUAUUGGCUUAUGCCAUACACUGAUCUAUUCAGGGCAUUCUUAUCUUUGUCCAUGACAUCUGAAUCAGUCUAUCCAUGCACUGUUUGAGGUUCUCAGCAUUUUUGGAGAAAUCUCUUUUUUAAAAGAAGAUUCCAAAUUUACAGUACUUGUGGGGAAGUUUUGAUAUUCAACAAAUAUCUCUGUGGGCAAUAGUUAGAAAAAAGGACAAUGGUGAUAAAAUAUGUUUAAUUCCUUGCAAUUAGCAGACACUAAGGUAUGAAACCACCCUGCCUAUUAGAACAUUUUCACAACAUGACCCUUUUGACAGCUAUGGAUACAGCAAAUACGUAACAAAAGAGGGUUAUUAAUAGUUGCUGUCGUGCAUUGAACAUCUUAUUAGUAUUACACUUAAAUGUUAAGCCCUCUGUACUAUGUGUUGAUUUUUUGUAACUGAAAAUUCCAAGCAUUGAAAAUUGUCUGUGUAUGGAGAAAUUGUUUCAGCCAUUCUAGCAGAUCAAAAUGCAUUGAUCAGUCAUGUAAAUUACUUUUAACCAAUCUCUGUCCAAUCAAAAACUUUGCAUUAGGAAAUUGUUCCGCGAUCAUGAAAUUGGUAAAAAAAAUGUAUCCAUUACAUCUGGGGCCUCUAGCUGAAAGAGAGAGAUGUAAUACAAAUGUCUGUUUUAGUUCCUGUCUGAGAUAGUACAUUACCACACAUACAGGGGAAUGUAAUAAAAGUCGCAAAGAGCAAAACAAUUCGCACCAAUAAGACUAAAAAUCCACAUCUCGC